AUGGAGAAGCCGUCAUUUGUCACCCACCAUGAGGAAGCCCUCAACUCCCACGAGCUGAUACACAGCGUGACUGAGACCAAGGGUGCAAUUGCCGACAACAUCAAUGAGCACCAACUCACCCUGAAAGAAGUCUGGAAGAAACAUCCAGCCCUGAUCGGUUGGUCGUUUUACUGGUCGAUGUGUGCCAUUGGAUGGGGCUUCGAUGCCCAGAUCAACGGAGCUAUGAUCUCCGUCGCCUCCUUCCGCCGAGACUUCGGGUACAUCUUCGAGGGUGAAGCUGUCUUACCCGCCAGCUGGCAGACUGCGUUCAACAUGAUCAGCUCAGUUGGCAUGCUCUUCGGCGGGUUCGCCUGCAGUACGAUUGCAGAUAAGAUGGGUCGACGAGCUUCACUGCUAUGCGGCAUCUUGUUUUGCACCGGUGGCGCCUUUGGAGAGAUGUUCGCUCCUAGUAAGGGCGCCUUCCUUGCAGCGAAGCUCAUCCUAGGUGUUGGACUUGGCUUCUACCUCACGAUCGGACCUCUUGCUUGUAGUGAGAUCGCACCUGUGGUCCUCCGAGGUAUUUCUACAGCUGGUAUCAACCUAGGUAUUGCUAUUGGGCAGUUGUUAUCGAAUGCAGUCGUCAAGGGCUUCGGUGAGAGGCCCGAUCGUUGGGCAUAUGCUGCACCCUUCGCUAUUCAACUGUUCUUCUCGCUGUUCCUCUUGUGCGGCCUGCCAUGGACGCCAGAAUCUCCGUGGUAUCUCGUCCGUAACGGGAAGGAUAGUCAAGCUCUCAGUGCUUUGCAGAAAUUAUGGGGCCAAGAUACCGAUGUAAGCGAUAAACUUGCGACGCUCAAAGUCACGAUUCAAGAAGAGGAAAGCCAGAAAGAGUCGAAAUUUGUCGAUUGUUUCCGGGGCACCAAUGUCCUGCGCACUUGCAUCUCGACCGGUGUAUUCGCAUGCCAACAUUUCGUCGGCAUUGUAUUCGUGCUCGGCUACUCGACGUACUUUUUCCAACUUGCUGGGCUUGACACAAGUCGCUCUUUUGACCUGGGUGUUGGCGUCACGGCUUGUGGUGUGGCCGGCAAUAUCGCGAGCUGGUUCGUCGUCAAUUCUUAUGGCCGCCGUAAGGUCUUCAUUUGCGGUAUGGCAGCCCUCACAACUCUGCUACUUCUGAUCGGCAUUAUGGACGUCAUACCAACUGGGCCAUCUAAAUGGGUACAAGCAUCCUGCACCGUCAUCUACGCCUUUGUCUACUUCAUGACCAUUGGUGCCAUGGCUUUCGUGUUGUUAGGUGAGACCUCCAGUAUGGGACUCCGAGCGCAUACCACCGCUCUCGCAACGGCCACGCAAUCUGUUCUUGGCGUGGCCGUGAACAUUGCUGUCCCGUACAUGGUCAAUCCUGACGAGGCAAAUCUGAAGGGAAAGGUCGGUUUCGUCUUUGGCGGUCUUGCUGCGAUAGCAACGUUCGGGUCCUGGUUGUACGUUCCGGAGCUCAAGGGGCGCACGAACCGCGAGAUCGACACACUGUUUACAGCUCGUGUACCACCGAGGAAGAUGGGUUCCUAUGAGCUCGACGAGACGAUCGCGUAA